UGGGUCCCGUCCACUCGUGCAGGGCUCCUGCAAGCUUGUCACUGCUUCAACUGAACCAGGCUUGACUCCUCAAAAGGGGGCGGGCGAGAUGCCGGCAGAAUGCGCCGUGUGUCGGCGGCCGGCCACGCAGACCUGCGAGGGUUGCCGCGCGAGCGACUACUGCUGCUGGGAGCACCAGACCGCCGACUGGGAGAGCCACAUCGCCCACUGCAGGCCCUUCAAGGUGGACCGGAACGACUACCUGGGCCGCCACUUCGUGGCCACGAGGCCCGUGGUGCCGGGCGAGGUGGUGCUGAAGGAGCGGCCGCUGGUGGCGGGCCCGUCGCGCUGCGCCGCGGCCGUGUGCCCCGGCUGCCUGCGCCGCCUGCCCGGGGAGGGGCUGACCGCGUGCGCGCGGUGCGGUUGGCCCGCCUGCAGCGAGGCCUGCGCGCGCUCGGAGCGCCACCUGCCCGAGUGCGAGCUGGCCGCGCAGGUGCGGCCUCAGGUCCGUAUCAUCACUAGCCUACAACUGAAAAGAGAAGACCUCAAAUCCUCGCAUCCAUUAUAUCGCUGCCUUACAGUUCUGCGGUGUUUGCAACAGAAGAAAAUGGAUCAAAAGAAAUGGCAAAUACUCAUGCGCUUGGAGCCCCAUUCUGAACGAAGAAUGAAGAGUGGGAUGUACGAAAGUGACAGAGUGGAGAUAGUCAAUUGUCUGACUGAGUUUUUCGACUUGUCGAAAGACUUCACUGAAGAAGAAAUGCUGAAAGUUUGUGGUAUUGUUGAGAUCAACGGCUACGUGAGCCACCUGACGGACCCGCCCCACAUCACCAUCUACGACACGGCCUCGUUCAUAGAGCACAGCUGCCUGGCCAACUGCUCCAAGACGUUCGCGCCGGACGGGGAGCUGCUCUUGCGCGCGGCGGUGGCGGUCCCCGCGGGGGAGCACCUGUCCAUCUGCUACACGGACCAGACCUGGGGCACGGCGCGGCGGCGCUACCACCUCGCGGCCGAGCAGUUGGCCUGCCGCUGCGAGCGGUGCCUCGACCCCUGCGAGCUGGGCACCUUCUACAGCGCGGUGGCCUGCCAGCGCAGUGACUGCAGUGGCUACCUCCUGCCCGAGGACCCCCUGACGGACGCCAACACCACAGACGAGGACUACUGCUACUCGGGCAACACGAGCUGGCGGUGUGCGGAGUGCGGCGCCGCCAUGCGGGCCUCGGACAUCACCCUGUUCCUGAGGCAGGCGGAGAGGGACGUGAGGGCCGUAACCUGCCCCGAGGAGUGCGAGACCUUGCUGGCCCUGUUCGACGGCAAGGUCCUCCACCGCAACCACUACUACCUCACCGAGCUGCGCAUCAAGCUGGUCGUCACCUACGGCAGGGACCGCGACGGGGGGCUCCGGCAGCUCGGCUGCGACUUGCUGGACAGGAAGAUCGAGCUGGGUCGUCAGGUCCUGGCCCUGGCCGACAAGCUUUUCCCAGCGGAGACGCGCGUCAGAGGCCUGGUGAUGUUUGAGCUGCACGAGGCUCUGGCAGAACAAAUGAGAAGGAAAGCAAGCGAAGGGACUUUAAAACCUCCGCAACUCAAGACAGACAUGAAGGAGUGCAAGAAGAUGCUGCUCGGGGCGGACCGGCUGCUGAGCAGCGAGCCGGAGGAGCUUCCCGAGGGGGAGGUGGCAGUGGAGGCCAAGAGACGCAUCCUCGACCUUCAGCAGUGCGCACGCAACGGCGACGGUGACGAUCAGCCGUCGUCGCUGGCCGCGCUGCAGGCCACCAUCAACCCCUGUCCCGCGGGGCAGCCCACGGAGCAGCGUGCGUGCAACGGGGACGGCGAUGCACGGCAGUCGUUACUGGACCUCCUGUAGCCCUGCAGAGCAGCCCACGUAGCCCCCACCCGACAGUGACCGAUGGCAAGACCAGCACUCAACACAUUCCUUCAUAGCUGUACUACGUAGCACUCAAUAAACACCUUCAUCAAA